AUGGCGRGCGGGAACAAGAAGAAGAAGAAGCCAGUCGUGAAUCCCGCUCGAGGGUUUGCCACAACAUCAGUCGCAUCCAAGCCAAGGCCCGAAGGUGGUUCAGAAGUCACGAGCACGGAUCCGUCAACAGUUGCAACGCCUAUCAAUCCCGCAUCUGCUGCCGUUUCUACUCCCGUUCAAACAACACAGGGUGCGAUCCCCGGAUCAGAAAAGGAACUUCACGAGCUUAAUCCCGAAGAACUCGAGGCCCAGCUAGAGGCCUCGGAGUUGCAGCAAUUUGUUGAAAAGCAUGGCGCAAAAGUCAAGAAAGAGACUGCUCGACAAGUCACGCGCCUUCAAACUGACAGGCGACUUCUUCGUGGCCAAGCCGACUUUUUGUCCGUCAAAGAGUGGUUGCCCGAAGAGCUGAUGCAGCAAAUUCUCGAUCUGACCCUAGCCGAUCUCAAGCAUGAAUCCAACACCGAAAAAAAGUCUAGCUCCCCUACCGGAGAUGAUUUGGUUGCAAAGGUAUGGCAACUUCGCCAAUGUCUCAUCGAUCUCGCCAUUCCUUUGGAUCGAGUAAAUGAGGUUGUGGGCUGGAUCAUUUCUGAACCGCCUGCGGAGUCAUCUGCAAACCUGGCAUGGGGUCUUGAGGAGUGCUUGGAAUGGUUAGCACUCCAUUGUGAGGCUGGAGAAUUGGAUCACUACGACCAUCAGAGGCAAAGGAUUGUCGCAGCGUCGCCUGAUGAAUCUGAGGAGCCACUUGACAUGGAGGAGCCCGAAGAUUGGAAGACUGCAAAGAAGAAGCGAGACCCUGCAAUCGCGCGCAGCGAGAAGGACGACUCGCCUGUAGAAGUUGAUGAUGCCGUAGAGGUGAGCGACGUGGAGAGUGACAUGGAACCCGACGAACUCCUCUCAGCCUACCUGCGCACCAAAGCAAAGCUAUACGAGAUCAACCCCUCUGCGGACACAAACGGCAAGAGUAAAACAUCGAAAGCUUCGAAAGCGCAGCCGCUUAGUACCAGCAGGACUUCAGGUGAGCGUAAGCUAGUAACGAAGCUUCAGAAGAUUGAGAGCGACGUUCUAUUCGACAAGCGAGAGGCCGACUAUCAUUGGGGAACUCAAAAGAUCGAGCUCGCCCGCGAGCUUGCAGAGCGGAAGAAGCUGCAUCUUCAAAGCGCUACCAAGUCUUCCUCGGACCGACCAGAAUCACCUGCCAAGCGGGAGAACGGAGUCAGCGAUGAAGCUGAACGGCUCGGCCAGGAGCUGCUCGCUGAGACGGCUGAUGGCGAAGAUGGCGAUCUACUAAGCGGAAUGUUCGAUGCUCUCCCGGGCGUUACCGACUCUGUGCCCGAUGAGAACGGAGCUACUGGAGGCAACGUGACAGUGCGGGACUUUGGGAAACUCGUCGGCAUGAAUCCGAAACGCGUUCUCGAGGAGGCAUGCAAGGCACGAGACACCCGCUGUAAGCAAAGCUACAAGAUGGUAUCGCCCACAACGUACGCCAGUCGACACUCGGUGACGAUUCAAUGGACCAAGGAACAGGAAGCGUUCGAGUGUGAGUAUUUGCCAGAAGUGGCCGUCAACUACAAGCCCAGCCGGGUUACCUUUACGAUGACGGGAGUUGCGGCACCUGAAGUUGCGCAAAGUGAGGCAUACAUCGCUACUGCAGCGUUGUUCCUGAUAUUCUCCGGCUCGCCAAAAGAAGAAAAAGCCCAUCUGCGACUUCCGUCCGCGUACCGUAAUCUGUGGGAUGAAUUUGCGCGUCUCAAACAAGGUCACAUUCAUGCUGAGGAAUGUGCAACUGUGAAGGAAGUACGAGCACUUAUCGAAACACACCACAGCCCAGACGAUGACGACGAGGACGAAGUUGUAUUCAAUGCUAGCAUUCGCCGUCGCCUUGACGGCGCCAGUGGAGCUUCGACUCCUGUGAAGAAGCAAGAGUUGCGUAAAGCCGCACAACCCGUAUUUGUUGAGGAACUCGCACAAAUGUGGGCAAGGAAAACGUCGACUCCUGCCUACCAGAGAAUGCUUGUUGGACGCAUGAACUUGCCCAUGUUCCACUUCCGGGCUGCCGCUCUGGACACGAUACAACGCCACCAGGUCACCAUCCUCUGCGGAGAGACCGGAUGUGGAAAGUCAACACAAUUGCCUGCUUUUAUCUUGGAGAAUGAAUUGUCGAAYGGACGACCAUGCAAAGUGUACUGCACAGAACCUCGACGUAUCUCCGCGAUCUCUCUCGCGCAACGAGUCAGCGAGGAAAUGGGCGAGAACAAGGGCGAUGUAGGCACUUUCCGCUCUCUUGUUGGAUAUGCCAUUCGACUAGAGUCGCAGACUACGUCACAGACACGCCUCGUUUAUGCCACUGUCGGAAUCGUCUUGCGCAUGUUGGAAAACUCUGAUGGGUUGAGCGACAUCACCCAUUUGAUCCUCGACGAAGUCCACGAACGCAGCAUCGAUACGGACUUCCUCCUGAUCGUUCUACGCUCACUUAUGACAAAACGGCCAGACCUCAAGGUCGUCCUGAUGAGUGCGACAGUCAAUGCUCAAAGAUUCUCCGAGUAUCUUGAUGGCGCUCCCAUCAUCGACGUGCCAGGUCGAACAUUCCCGGUCGAGGCCAAGUUUCUUGAGGAUGCCAUCGAGCUGACAGGGCAUACGAACGAAGAUGCAGCUACUGCAGCCGUUGACGAUGACACCAACGAAGAUGAUACCCAAGAGAAGGGCACUGGCGAGCUCAGCGGUUACAGCAGGCGAACACAAAAUACUCUCGCGAAUUACGAUGAGUAUCGCAUCGACUACAGCUUGAUAGUGAAGCUCAUUGAGAAGAUUGGACAUCAUCCACAAUACCAGGAUUUCAGCAAAGCCAUCCUGGUGUUCCUUCCCGGUAUCGCAGAGAUUCGACAGGUGAACGAUAUGCUCUGUGGUCACCCACGCUUUGCGAAAGGGUGGAGAGUGUUCCCUCUACACUCGACCUUCUCGAGCGAGGAUCAGCAAGCAGCGUUUGAGAUACCACCCCAUGGCAUUCGUAAGAUUGUCCUCGCCACAAACAUUGCUGAGACUGGUAUCACUAUUCCUGACGUCACUUGUGUGAUUGACACUGGCAAGCAUAAGGAGAUGAGAUUCGACGAACGCCGGCAGAUGUCCCGCCUGAUCCAAAGCUUCAUUGCGCGAGCCAACGCAAAGCAGCGACGUGGUCGUGCAGGCCGUGUACAGCAAGGUCUCUGCUUUCACUUGUUCACCAAGUAUCGCCAUGACCAACUCAUGGUUGAUAGUCAGACUCCAGAGAUGCUGCGUCUAUCGCUGCAAGAUCUUGUGAUGCGGGUCAAAAUCUGCAAGCUAGGAGACAUUGAGCAUGCCUUGUCACAAGCUUUGGAUCCUCCGUCAAGCAGGAAUAUCAGAAGAGCUAUCGAUGCUCUUGUUGAGGUGGGCGCACUUACCACAGGCGAAGAGCUCACAUCUCUUGGAAACCAACUGGCCAAACUUCCUCUGGACGCACAGCUUGGAAAGUUGAUCCUCCUUGGAAGUAAUUUUGGGUGUUUGGAUUUUGCAUUGACUGCAGCUGCAACUCUUUCAUCAAAGACCCCAUUCUUGAAUCCGAUGCACCAAAAGGGCAAGGCGGACACCGUCCGACUGGGCUUCAAGCGCGGCGACUCGGACUUGCUGACUGUCYACAAUGCGUAUACCACUUGGCGUAAGAUCUGUACCACACCUGGAAUGUCCGAGUUCCAGUGGUGCAAUAAGAACUUCCUCAGCCCGCAAAAUCUUGGAAAUAUUGAAGACCUGAAAGCUCAACUUCUCAGCUCGCUGGUAGACGCCGGCUUUGUCCAUCUCGGCCCAGAAGAGCGAGCGGCUCUGAACCGAAUGCGCCACAAUGCUCGCCAUCGCAACUUUGUGGCCCUCCCACCGCAGUAUGUCAAAUCGGACGAGAAUGACACCCUCGCCUCAUCUGUGGUCGCCUGGUCUUUCUACCCCAAGAUCAUCAAACAGGACGGCAAAGGCUGGCGUAAUAUUGCCAACAACCAAUCGCUUGGACUGCAUCCCACAUCUGUGAACAAGACUUCCUUGAAUCCAGAGGUGCGAUUCCUAUCCUUUUACAGCAUCAUGCAAAGCUCCUCUCGCUUCACCAAUGCACAGGAAACAUCACCUGUUGCCGAAGUGCCGCUACUGCUCAUGUGUGGAGAGGCAGUCUUUCACAUGUACGCGGGUGUUAUCAUCAUUGAUGGUAAUAGACUGCGGCUCAAGGUCAGAGAUUGGAGGACUAUGGUUGUGUUGAAAGUUUUGCGAGCCAAAGCGAAGGAGAUUAUGGGGAAGCUGUUCAAGAAUCCUGGACGUGAGUUGGGAGAUCGGCCGCGGAGAUGGAUGGAGGGUGUUUUGGAGAAGAUUUUUGAGCGACAGCAUGCUAGGAAUGUGGCUCUUGCUGGUAGCAGGCCGUGA